AUGGGGGCAGCACCAAGCAUUUCAUCUCCCUGUCAGUGUCAUUCGGGGGAGAAUGAAGUCGAGGACGUGGAGGUCUUAGGCCUCGAGUCCUUUGAGGAAACCACGAGAGUCACAGAGGCCGCUGAAGAUCCCGAAAACUGGGGAGUAAACAGUAAGAUUCGAAGGAGCUUACUUUUGGAGAGGAAGCUGCACUCUGACACGGAAAUUAUGCGAGGCAUUUCUCUGAUGCACACGCUUCGUAACUUUGGAGUUCUGUGGCGCGCAUCGCCAUUGGACAUGAAAGAUGAGCAGCGGUUAGAGCUUUGGAACCGCACGAGAAAAGUGAACGAAUUCGAUGUGUUCCUAUCGCAUACAUGGCACACGAGAGGUCUUUGGAAGUUUCUCUCCCUAUCCUUGCAGCUCAGCUGGCUGCAGAUCUUGCUAUGGUGGCUUUUGGCCAUGGUGCUUUUCGAGCUUCUCUUCUUUGUGGACAUUUUGCCUCCGCUUGCAAAGCCUUGGAAGGUCUCCUAUGUUCAUCAGAACUACGCGGCCGAAAUUGAUUGGCACAUUUGGGGAUCAAGCCUGGCACCUGCUGUCUCUGUGAUGUGCUUUCUCAUCACUCCUUACAUGCCUUGCAUGCGAGACAAGCAUUGCUUUCUGGAUGUGGCCAGCAUCAAUCAAUCAGAUGAGACCUUGAAGGAACGUGGCAUUUAUGGCCUUGGAGGUUUCUUAAAGGCCUCCAAGGAACUUCGCAUAAUGUGGAGCCCUCCAUACUUGUCUCGGCUGUGGUGCAUCUUUGAAGUGGCCGCAUACCGCAUGGCGAACCCCAACGGCAAAAUCUCGGUGAGGCCUUUGUUUGUAGAAAUCACGGUGCUUGCAAGUUGGACGGGCGUCUUGCUGACGAACGCAUUUCUGAAUCUCACCAUGGCAUUCACCACGAUCGGAGCAACCUUUGGAAUCUUCACGCUGAUUAUCGCGAUGGUGCCGUGCCUGUUCAUUUUCCAUUCCCUCAGGAAGAAUUUUCUAUCGAAGCAGCAGCUAUUUGGUGACAUUCAGAACUUUGAUCUAGACGCUGUGGAGUGCCGGGUGGACUUUGACAAGAAGUUUGUGCAUGCGGCCAUUGCUGAAUGGUAUGGGGGUGCUGCAGCCUUUACGGAACAUGUGCGAGGACCACUCCGCGAGGAGUUGAUGAAAGACCACCUUGCCAGGAUUCCUCUCGGCUACUGCCUCAUUAUCAUCACACCCCUUUUGGGAACCGGUUUGAGUUCAUCCGUGAGCCUCCUGAAGGCAGGUGUGCCAAUGAACAUCACUCUUUCGUACUUCAUUGGCGUUGUUCUGGGGAUUGACACAUGCUGGCUCCUUUUGAUGAUUCAGCUGGCGUUGUACAUUUGUGAACGGUUUGCCCGUCCUUGUAGGCCUGGCGUAGCAUGCUUAGCUUUCGUUGAAACUUUUAUUAUGUUCAUUGUGUUUUCGACAGUUGCCACUUGUGGCGCAUUUCUUGCCUUCAUCGCCAUCGCAAGAGGCGUAGUUGGUUCAAGUGUGUGGUGCUUGAUUACAGCCUGCAUCCUGUGGCUGGUCAACGGCGGAUGUGCUCAGCUGGAAAAGCUGCGCCAUCAUCUAGCUUGA